AUGAAAAUAAGCCUUAUUACACUAUUAUUAUCCUUCGUUUUACUCGAAACAGCUGCUGCUAUAACAGUUACUAAUAUCUGGCAGUCGUUGAAAAUAACUAAUCCUUCAACAUUGAGCAGACCCCAAGAUAUAAGGACUGCAACUGUCGGAUGGAAGAUUGUUACUGCUGAUGUUUUACCCAAUGACAUUUUUUUCUUCCUGAUGCCUUACGUUUUCAGAACCAAGUUUAGUGACAACGAAAUAUUAUUAAAAGCAGGCGAUACUAUCUAUGCUCGCUGUAAGGUAAAUGAUGGUUCAUUUAAUAGCGAUACUUCAUACCUCAAGUGUUCGAUGACAAGUUCUGUGGAUGAUAAAAAGGAUACGACCGUAGUAGGAGAAAUAAAAUUUGAUUUUGUAUUCAAUGCUGGCGGUUCCUCUUCUGAUUCAGACAUUUCGUCCGCUAAAAGGUUUACUUCAGGCGACAAUCAAGUUCGCUUCAAUAAUAUUAAAUCGGACGUUAAGUUUCAAUCAGGUCCCUUUUUCACAGACAAAAAGACUGAUGAAUUAUUAUACUACUCAAGAUCAACUCCACAAGAUUUAGAACAAGUCUUUGUAUUAAGUGGCACCUGUAAUAAAGGUAUAACUUCCGGUUCUAUGGUUUUUACAACCAAUAACUCGGUUGAUUGUUCACAAUUCAAGUUGAAGAUUACAAAUGACUUGAAUGAUUUCUACUUGCCUAAGAGCUACAAAUCAGUCAACGUGGGAUCAAUUAGAUGUUCUACUGAUAACAAAAAACUUACUGCCACAUUUAAUAAUAUUCCACUGGGAUAUAGAGUAUUCCUUGAAGGAUUUGAAAGGUAUCCGGAUAACUCCACUUAUGUUAAACAUUUAUAUGCUGAAAACAUAAAAUGUAAUGAUGGAUCUUCUAAGGUGGAUGGAAUCACUAAAAUAAUAAGGGUGGUAGACGGUGUAUCUUCUUCAAGUGGAGAUACUGAAAUAUCGAGCUCGAUUGCCUUAUCUUCAAGUUUAGAAAUGACGAGUACUUAUGAAACGAGUAGUCCAUGCAAUGAAUGCGCUACGACACCCAUAACUGAGACGGAAACUACGUUGAAUACAAAUACAGUAACUGAAACAGUUUGUACGGAAUGUGCUCAUGAAACCAGUGAAUUAUCGACCAGGGAAUCGUCUACAAGUGAAUCGUCUACAAGUGAAUCAACUAGCGAAUCAACUAGUGAAGUUGUAUCUUCAACUAGCAAAUCUUCAAAGACAAGCAGUAAAUCUGUAUCUUCGACUACCGAAUUAGAAACUAGUAGUGAAAUCCCCUGUGAAAGCUGCUCACACUCAUCCAUUUUGUCCACAUCAAUCCCUUCUUCAGUUAGUCAUACCACGGAAACGUAUACCGAACCGCUGUCAGAUACAGAGGAAACCACUCUUUGUACUGAAUGUAUGUUAUCAUCGACAAUUCAAACUCAGACAGAGACGACUACGUCUAUCAAUAGCACCACAGAAACGAUUUCUUGUCACGACUGUUCAAUUUCGUUGAUAUCGUCGACGACUGUUCCUCCCGUUGUGGAAACAACCGAAAACUCUGCCAAUGGUACCACCGAAACACAUUCCUGUUACGAUUGUGUAAGUUCGUCGAUAAUGUCCACUUCCAUUCCACCAGCCAUUGGAACUACAGAGACCUCAUCGUAUGAAGAAUCAAGCAUUUACAGCGAGAAUGUCUCUUGUACUGAAUGCCAGUACUCUACUAUCAAUGUUUCCAGUGAUAGCAUCGAUUCUCACACGUCAGAAUUUGUUCUGUCAACCAUCGAUAUAGCAAAUGGCACUACAACAUAUGCUGAACCUCUGGCAACUGGUGAAUGCGUUCUGUGCGAAUACCCGCCAAUUACCGACGCACAAACGAUAACCGAGAGUAUUUCUUGCGACGAAAAUUGUACCACUACUUUCCCUACCUAUGUUCCUGAAUCAUUUUCAGAAUCGAUUCAAAAAGAACAUUCGGACAUCUUGCCCACAUCGUCUACCGUUGACUCCUCCAUUAAUACUAAUUCUCAACCUCAGUCCGAUAUUGCUGAUACAUCCAUCUCUUCGCAUGCUAUUAUUACCGGGACCGCAGCUCUCCCGCCUUCAAAUUCCGCGGGAUACCCAUCUUCAUCCCAAUACAUUCCCCCAUACGCAUUCUCGUCGUAUGAAGCGUUAUCCGAUUCGAACAGGUGUUCCUGGAGCGUGUUAUUGUUCUCGAUUCUCGCGUUAUUAGUCUAG